CCAUUGUUUGGCUCAAGCACCCCGCCCUCACCGAGAGGCGCUCCCCGCCCGAGCAAAAGAGGAGCUCCGCACUCCGCGAGGCCGCUGCCCCCGCUCGCGAGCCCGCGGCUCCCGAUGCCGCGCGCCUCCCACGCCACGUCGGACGGCGGGUCCCGCGCCGCGGCCACGCCCGCCGGCCCUGCCGCGGAGCGCUCGUUCGCCUCCGCGGCGGCGGCGGAGCCGUCGCGCUCGUCCCGGGCCACGUCGGACGCCACGGUCACGCCGGGCGGCCAGAGAGCGGAGCGCUCGCCCCCCGCCGCGGCGGCGCUGGAGCGGGCCGUCGCCAGCAGGAUGCAGUCGCAGCGGGACAUGCUGCGGGAGCUCGAGGAGCUGGAGGCCGCUGUCCAGGGCGUGGCCAACGAGCUCAAGUCGCGGCCCGCGAAGUCCACCGCCGCGCAGAAAUGGCAGUUCGCCCACGGCGUCGCGAGGAAGGCCCCCCGCAUCGAGGCGUGGGGCAGCGGGGACAAGCACGUCAGUGGCGCCUACAGCUACGUGCCUCCCGCGGACGAGCAGAAGCGCACGGGGCCAGCGACCUACCAGAGCGCGACGGACCCCGACAAGUACCUGUACGUUUCGAUGAAGGGCUCCUGGCUCCUGGGCAGCCUGGAGUCCAAGGAGGCUCGGGAGCAGAAGCAGCAGAGGGAGUACCUCCGCAGCGCCAUGUCGGUCGAGCCCGGCGUGCUCCCGCACAUGACGGGACCGGGCUGGGAGGUCUUGGUUGGCGCGGACUUUGUGCCGAGGGAGACCAUGAAGUUCUGGCUGACAGAGACGGUGCGGCUGGAGUGGCAGAAGGCCAGGGUCGACCUGGGCAACGGCCCGGUCAUCAGGGUGACGGGCGUGAGCGAACACUUUGCCGACGGCCUGUUCGACUUCGUGCCUGCGCAGAGCAGCAAGGGCGAGCCCCCAGUCUUCCAGCACCAGAGGCUGCGCAACGUGUGGAUGUUCCUCGGCACGGACCAGCGAUGGUGGAUCGGCAGCACCAGCGACAAGAACAGCAGGAACCCCCACGGCAUCGGGCACACCUCCGCGCCCAUCCAGCCCGGCGAAGUCCCCACAGCCGAGACGACCUUCGCCGUCUCCGUGGACAACGCCUGGGUGAAACGACCAGUGCGGAUCCAGCGGGUGGACGGGCUGCGCGCCUGCGACUGCUGGGCGGAGGCGGCCCGCAAGACGGGCCCGUUGGAGCUGUGGGGCAGCUCCGAGCUGUUCGGGGCCUUCGCCCCGGAGGCGGGCGAGAGCGGCCACCCCCCGGUAUACCGGCGCAGCAAGGACGACAGCACGGUGCUCUUCGUGGGGGAGGACGGGCAUUGGUGGCUCGGCACCUCGGGGGAGGGCGGCAGGCUCAAGGAGGGCAGCGUCCGCAGCCUCCAGUCCGUGGAGCCGGGCAUGCUGCCCGACGACCCCUGCGUCGCCUGGCUCGAGAGGGGGCCGCAGGAGUGGUCGCGCGCCCCCGCCCUCCGCUUCUGCACCUCGCAGGCCGUGGCGGCGGCCUGGCGCGCUACGCGGGAGCAGGCCGCCGCGAACCCUGUGAUGUCCCUGACCGGCUCGCCGGAGGACCUGGGCUACGACGGCCUGUACGACUACAUCGCCGAGGAGGGCGAGGAGGAUGGCCCGCCCCGCUUCAUGCACCAGAUCAACCAGGAGCGCUGGGUCUACCUGGGAGCGGACGGCUGCUGGUGGGUCGGCGACCAGGAGUUCGCGGCCAGCGGCCUCACGAAGGGGCUGCUGUGCACCGGCCCGGUGGGCCCCGGCGACCUCCCGCUGGGCGGGGCGGCCCAGUGGCAAUCGUGGAGCAGUGGCUCCAGGGCGUGGGUGGCUCAGCCCGGCACCCGCUUCGGCGUCUCGUGA